AUGAUGCCCGUGUCAUAUACUAAUAGUAACAAUAAUAAUUCUCAAGCAACAAUAGUUUAUGUUUCCUAUGAAGGAUGUUGCUAUGAAGUACGAAUACGUAGUGAUAGUGAUGCACGUAUACUUGAUAUACUUUAUGGUUUACAACGUGCAUUAUGUAUUCCACAAUAUGAAAUGAUGUUAUGUUUUGGUCAACAACGUAUUGAUUGUCAUCAAUUUUGUUCACUUCGUUCACUUGGUAUACCUGAAGGUUCAACACUUUAUUUAUAUCGAUGUUCAUAA